UAUUAAACCAUCUUCACAGGACUCAAAAGACAGAAGCUGCCUGAGACCCUGUUGGAAAGGGCUGGCACUGGAGGCCUUUCCUCCUUCUAGCUGCAUCAUAUCCUGGGGAGAAACCUUCAGGCUUAACCCUCAGGGGCCACCUCCUGGUAUCCACCUCCCAGUGAAGCUGUUUUGGUCAGAGCCCUUCUCUUUGCUCACCUGGCUGUGGCAGGAAAGUUCAAGGUGUCCUGGCAGCAGGAAGCUCCCUUGCUCCACCCUCUGCCCAGCUCAGCGGCUUCCGGAGCUCACCGAGGGAUUGCUGCAGCAGAUCUGACAGUGACAGCGACAGCCACCUGCUCUGUGGGGACACAGGAGCGGCACCUUCGGCAUGAAGCACUUGUCCUGUGAGCCCCGGGCAGCCCUCGCUGUGCUCUGCCUCACCGCUGCCCUCUGGGAUUCCUGCUCUGCAGCAGCUGAAGACAUCUCCAAUGUUUCAUCAACUGAAUACGAACCAUUGUGUCUUAAUGUGAACUUCUGCAGGCAGGCAGCCACGUGCUGCCCCUCGGGCAUGGAUGACUACGGGUGGAUCGCAGCGGCCGUCGGCUGGAGCCUCUGGUUCCUCACCCUCAUCCUGCUCUGCAUGGACAAGAUCAUGAAGCUCAGGCCUGACGAACCCAAAUACUUGGUGGCCUGAAGCAGAGAGAGCCAGCGAGCAGCAGCACUGGGCGGACUGACAGAACAUUUCAAACAUUUGCUAAGAAACAAAAGGGGAAGGGAAAACAUCUCCAGCCCAAAAAGGCCCGAUCCAGGCAGGGCAACUGCUGAGGCUUCACCCUGGAGCUGCCAGCCAAGGUGUGGAGCAGGCAAGUCCCUGAAAGCCACCAUGUACCUGCCACAGUACAAAACUCCCAAUUGUCCCUGAGCCCUCUCGUGCUUGCUGUGAGCACAGCAACAAGAGGAGAGGCUGAGGGACCAGUGACCAGCCUAUAGCACAUUGCCUCAUCUAUGGGUUUGACACAGAAAGUGGGCAAAUAAAGCUACUUUCUGGAGCAGCAACAUUACCAGAGCCAUUACUAAGCUAUAGGCCAGGUCACAUCAGUAAAUGGAAGUAAUAAUUGACUUUACCGAGGCCUUUUCACUCACUAACUUGCGAUAUUUAAGUCUAUUCACUGAUACAUGGGAAGACUUAUGGAAACUUAGGGAUUGUUUGGGCUGGUUUGAAAAUAAAACUCAUUUUUCCAGAGCCAUUUAGAUGUGAAAUGUGUUGCAGGAAUUGAAUGUUGGUUGUAUUUAUUCAGCUUUCACCUGCCUGAAACUAAGACAAGAUGAACUGUGGCAAGCAGGUGUAAACCAGCAUAUCCAAUUCAUGCACAAAACUGUUCCUAUUAUCCAAGAUAAUGAACACUUUUAUUGAUUGAAAGACUCUCACUGAGUGGUUUAUAUGGAUAAAGCUUAGAAAUUGUUAGAAACAGGAUUCUCAGAAGAUGUAUUCAUGCCAGGAGGGUUUGCCUGCAAUCAAACUCUGAUUUGGUGCAGUUGCACCAGUUUUAUUUCUAUCUCAAUAAAUCAGCAUUAAACCUACCUAUACCUACACAAAGUUAGCAAAUCUGCUAGAAAUCAACUGAAAUUAGGCAUAAAAAUUUACUUUUUAUGCUUAACUUUUAAAUAAAGCUACUCAAACACCAUUUGAGAUCUUUAUCUGCUAUAAAUAAUUAUACUCUCCCAUCAGCUCAUCAGUAUGUUAGUAACUUCAUGAGUGAGAAAUGACAGAAAUCAGUUUAAGACUCUUCCUACUGAUUCUGGCACAAGUAACACUUCAAAUCAGGACAAUUUGGUCACUUCAAAGUGAUGGGCAGCUGUCCCUUAUCAACUAGCCCCCAUCAAGAGGAACAGGGACAAAUUGGACACUGAGAAAAAGAAAAUACGUCCUUCCCUAUCAUUAUUAUCACUUCAGACAAAAAAUUCUUUAAGAGUGAAGUGCUGAACAGAGAUGCUAAUGUCAGGAAAGUAAAUUUUCAAAGGGAAGGGCUCAAUUCUCAACAUUUCAAUAUACAGCAAUUAAAACAAAAGUAAUUUUCACACAAGAAAUCUCAGUGUUGGAGAUACUCAACUUCUUGCCACAAAACCUCUCACUUAUGUGCAAACUUAGAGAAACAAAGGGCUCUCAGUCAACCCCAAAAUGUAAUGAGUGAAUUGACAGUUAAACCAUUGCACUCAUGUACUACAAGUCUUCUACUUACAUACAUAAUU